UUGUCUUGUAACACUUUUUUUUGUGACUUGGAAGGGGAUGUCCAUGAUGUCUUUUUUUAAAAGCACCCUUUCUUUUACUUCUCUCUCUUUUUUUUUUUGUUUAACCAAAUAACAUGGUCAGAACUAAAAAAGAAGUUCUUAGUUCACUCUCCAAAAAUAGAUUGGCACGUCGUAUUGAGGAAGAAUAUCAGCUGAUUAUGAACGACAAGACUAUGCAAACUAUGGCGACGGACCUUUAUACUCCCAAGUCACCAGUAAGUCCUACGCCUUGUACAAUGGAAAGUUUACCAAUAAUGAAUGAUUUUAUGAGUCGAAAUAAUCUUCAUCAACCAUAUGCUAUCAUGAACGAUUAUUGGCCAUCAUCUACUACGUCCACAUUUGCAGCAAGUAUAGAUGGAAGCAAAAUAUCGGCUAUUCAAAAGCUACAGUCCAUGUUUAAAAGCUUAAACGCUUCAGAAAUACAUGAAAUGCUCACUGAUUGCAACUUUAAUGAGGAUGAAGUUAUUUCACGCUUAAUCACCCAAACUUAUUAUCUGGAAGAUAUACGUUGUCGCGUUCAUCAAAAGUCGAGUGUUAUAGGCCCACAUAGUGGAGCAGCAGUAAGCCAACAUGACCCUAAAGAGAUUCGGGCACCUCUAGAGGAAGAAGCAACAGUACAACAACAGCAAGACACAGCAAGCGAAAACAAUGCAAAGUCAAAACCUGCCAAGAAUAAUUCAAAAAAUACUAAAUCAAACAAGGUAACUUCAAAUAAUGCACCAGAACAUGAUCUUGUUUUGGAAAAAUACAAAGGAAGAAUUAAAGUACAUCGAAAUCAUCGCCGACCUGAGGUAAGAGGACGUCUCAACCUGGAUGACGCUUUACAACAAAUGCAAGAAAACCAAAACACACAAGAUCCAUUUGAGGGAUGGUCUGAAGCAAGACUACGAGCCUACAAAAUGUUAGAUAAAAAUCCCAACAGUUAUUAUUACAGAUUUAAUGCUCCAGGUGAACAACAACAAAAAGGAAAAUGGACAAAGGAAGAACAUCAGCUUUUUCUUGACAGGCUUGAAGAACUCGGUGCUAAUUCUCAAUGGGGAAUUUUCUCUAUGGCCAUUCCAGGAAGAGUUGGGUAUCAGUGCUCUAACUAUUAUCGACAAAUGAUUGAAUCAAAGCAAAUAUAUGAUCCAAACUAUGUGUUAGAUGAACAAGGCAAGGCUCACUAUUUGUUUGAUAAGAAAAACGGUGUUGGUGUAACAGAAAAGAUAUUUUGCAAACACAGUAAACACGGAAGUGUACCUGCAACCGACAUCACUAAAUUACCAAAGACAAAAAAUAAAAAGAGAACCACAAGUGACGAUGAAGAUAAGGAUUUAUUCGUUCCAAAAAAGCCUGCAAUCAAAAAGAAGAAGAAAAUCAGUAAAGAAAGGCCAGUUAAAAAUGACAAGCAACAUCCUUCAUCCAAUAUCGAGAAGUCUGUGAUUUUAGCUUGUCCUGAAGGAGGCAGGAUUACCAGACAAAGAUACCAAAACUAUAAAAAAACAUCAAAAUAAACAAGUUAUGAAACAUUACGUCAAAUUCCUUCAAGAUCAAGCUUCUCAGUAACACAUUGUUGUACUACAUCAAACGCCAUGCCGUCUUUCUUUCCUGAUCGGAACAUGAAAUGACUUUUUAUGUUGCAUAAAAAUGCUUGAUAAUGCACUAGUCAGCAAAAUAAUAAAAUCACACACACACCUGUCUAUUUAAAAAGCAACAAAGAAAAGGGGAAUAAUUUUUUUCAUCUUGUUAUUCUCGAUAGAUAACUAAAGCAUAUCGUAUUCGUGGUUUUUUAUAGAUGGUCCCAACGUCGAUCUGUCGUCAUUUCGAUUGCUGUGUAACCAGUUUUCAGAUGCUGGUAAAUGUCGGUACGCAUAAUCAUUAAGACACUUUGUCAACACAAAGAAGAAGAAAAAGAAAGAAAGAGAAAUAACAAAGCCAAGUAGAGUUAUGGAUGAAUAUAUAAAU